GGUAGUAGUGAUUGUUUCUUAGGAAAAUGAAAGUGAACGUGUUAAACAUAAGCUCGACGAAAUUUUAGUGACUCGUUUUGACAGGUUGAAUGUCGCGUUGCCAGAUUGCUGCUAGCUUUAAAAAUUGCGAAAAACUGUUGCGAGGACAAGUUGUACACACGAAUUAAUAGUUUACCGGGCCAAUCUUUUCUCCGUUCGGCUGGCACGGGGUGCGCGGGUUGAGAUUUCAACUGUUUUCAACGGAGCGGGCUUGAUUGAGAGAGGUUGACGUAACGCGUGAAAAAGCUGAGCUACGAAAUAAGCUAGUUUUAUUUUAGUGACUACCAAGAAAUCAAUUGUGUGUUUGGAAAUAGAAAGAUUUUAUAGUUAUUCGAAUUGUAGUGAUCCAAAGUGAGAGUGAAUUUCAACUGCGCGAAAAGUAAUAAACAGAUAAAGAUCAACAGGAGUAACAAGCAUCAGUCGAAAUGCGCAGCGUGAGAAGCAGCCUUACCAUCGGACGACUGGCAAUUUACCCGAAGAAUUCCAAUAUUCGAACAGGUUUGCUUUGUCUGUUAGCAUCUCAUCAGAGCAAUCAUCAGCUCCACUGUGCCUCCGUCGAUCACAGCCAAUGCUGCGGUAGCAACAACAACAACCACCACGCUCAUCUGAAGGAACACAGCCUCAGGCGGUUCCAUGUUACCACCGUUUGUGAAAAAUCAUCAAAAAGCGGAUCAAAUCCACCCACCGGAUCCAGCGGUGGAAGUGGUUCCUCAACAUCCGGUUCUGGUGGUAAUGGUAAAGAUGGCAAUGGAAAGGAACCACCGAAUAAAAAGAACGUUCUAUCUUGUCCCAAAUGUGGGGACCCAUGUACGCAUGUAGAAACGUUUGUUAGUUCGACACGUUUCGUGAAGUGUGAAAAAUGUCAUCACUUCUUCGUGGUGUUGAGCGAAGUGGAUUCCAAAAAAACCAUCAAGGAUACGGAAACUAAAGGCCAGCGAAAACCGCCCCCACCACCGAAGAAAAUUAUGGAAUACCUCGAUCGACAUGUGGUUGGACAGGAGCUGGCGAAAAAAGUGCUGUCCGUGGCUGUGUACAAUCAUUACAAACGAAUCUAUCACAAUCUGCCGCCUCCAGCAAACAGCAGCGGGCAAACGGGGUCCCAGCAGAUCGAUUCAAUGUCACGCAGUGGUGAUUUGCUGCACAUAUCCGGUAUAGGUCAUACUAUGAUGAGCUCUGCUCCGUCGGAAGUACCGCGACCACCGCUUACAUCGUCCAACGUUUCGCAAGCCCACCAGCCGGGUUCCGACCUGCUGGACAAAAAAACCCAUGAGCUGAAGUUGGAAAAAAGCAACAUUCUGAUGCUCGGCCCGACCGGUUCGGGCAAAACGCUACUCGCACAAACGAUUGCGAAAUGUUUGGAUGUUCCAUUUGCCAUCUGUGAUUGUACCACGUUAACGCAGGCCGGCUACGUGGGUGAAGAUAUCGAGAGUGUCAUCGCGAAGCUGCUGCAGGAUGCCAAUUACAGCGUUGAUCGUGCCCAAACCGGAAUCGUUUUUCUCGAUGAGGUAGACAAAAUCGGCGCUGUACCCGGAAUUCACCAGCUGCGGGACGUUGGCGGUGAAGGUGUUCAACAGGGAAUGCUCAAAAUGCUGGAGGGCACUAUCGUGAAUGUGCCCGAGCGAAACUCUCCCCGAAAACUGCGUGGUGAAACCGUGCAGGUAGACACCACCAAUAUUCUGUUUGUGGCAUCCGGUGCGUACACCGGUCUGGAUCGGCUGAUCGCUAGACGAUUGAAUGAGAAGUAUUUAGGUUUCGGUAUGCCAGCUAGUUCUUCUGAAGGUCGACGAGCGGCUCAAGCGUCCGCAUCACCAAUGGAUGACGAUCAGGUUGAACGGGAUGCCAAUUUGCGGAAAGUUCAAGCAAAAGAUUUAGUUGAAUUUGGCAUGAUUCCGGAAUUUGUUGGACGGUUCCCAGUUUUGGUUCCGUUCCAUAGCCUGGACGUAGAAAUGCUGGUUCGCAUCCUUACAGAACCACGAAACGCACUUGUGCCACAGUACAAAGCUCUGCUCGGUAUGGACCAGGUGGAGUUAACCUUUGCGGAAGAUGCACUCAAACAGAUUGCCCAACUUGCAAUGGAGAGGCAAACCGGUGCGCGUGGCUUGAGAGCUAUAAUGGAAACUCUUUUAUUGGAACCGAUGUUCGAAGUUCCCGGUUCGGAUGUCAAAACUGUUCAUAUUAAUGAGGAAUGCGUACGAGGUCAGGCAGAACCAACAUACAUUCGUCGGAACCAACCGAACUCAGCCAGCUGUGAUCCAGAUACACCCAACAACAACAACAGUCCUCAGGCACCCGAAGAAGAGGAAAACACCAAGCUGCGUGUGAAACAAUGAAAACUCGUGUGAUAAAACCGUAAAGCGACUGCUACACUAAAUCACUACAGGUAGGAAGUAUUAGUUUAGAACAUAAAGCUUAUAUUUUGUUCUUCCUACUGCUAGUAAUGAUGGUUGCAUACUGAUUUUGUCUCAGCAUCGCUUCUCUGAGACUCACAAACAAAGUGCAAACUUGUACAUAAAAAUGUCUUGCUUUUACUCGAGAGCAACGAAAAUAUAAGACAGAAAAAAAUAGUAAAUUAUGACCACUCGUUAGGUGUAAGACGAGAAGCAACUGGUGUUUAGGUUCCUUGUUUAGUGAGCGAAUCCUUUAAAUUGAAGAUCGUUAUUCUUCCUACUGAGCGUACGAUGAAAUGUGAUGAAUUUUCCUAUGGUCCAGGUAAAUUAUAUCCACCCCUGGUUUGAUUGCUACAUACUUCAGUUGGUAACAAUUGUAUGUCUGAAUAAUUUGGUCUCCUUUGCGCCUCGGAUGCAGUUCUAUAUCUCUUACCUAUUAUUACUUAACAAUAGAAAAGAAGACAGCAAAUAAAGAGAAGGUAUAAAUUGUAAAUAGUGGAGUAUAUUUAAGUAUCAACUUUAAAACAAAAGCUGCAUAAAAAUAGACAAGAGUGAACGCUAGGCUAGUGCUAAAACAUAGAUGAAUCAAUUUAUUUGAAACUGACAAAUACAUUCGAAGUGUUUCGAAA